ACAGGCGCAUAGAAGAAGAUUUGGAAAAAGACGAAAAAAGGAUUAUCAGUAAUGCUUUGGUGAAAAUUUCUCUCGCAGUGAUGAAAUUAGGUUUAUGAGUUAAGUUUCAAGUGGAAGAUACAGCAAAAAUUGAAAUUCACCGAAAUCAAUUAAACUUCAAUUGAAAUUCACCCCGAGUAAUUAAAUUAAAUAAAGUGUAAAUAUGUCAAAGCUUUGGAGCAAAGACUGCAGACGAGCCGAUUAAAGUGCCACAGCCGGAGUACAAUAAAACUCCCAUAAAGUAUAUCUUCCGAGAGAUAUGGUGCUUUCCCUGUUAGUCCUGCCAAUUUCAGUAUACCUUAGUUAGAGAAACGUGCGUGCAGCCCCCAUAACAAAGCCAGAAGACACACUCCGCGUAGGAGGAGCAUCUAAGGAAGAAAGUAUAUAUGGUGCAAGGCGUUGACGAGUCUCCCGGAGGCUUGGGGUGCUAAGAAACAUCGCUAAUUUGGAUACUUUCUAAUGGGAACGUUUACGUCGGCAUCGACGGCUACUACCUUCCCUACACCACGAUCUAAAAUCAGCGGCACGAGUCAUGAAGAAGAAACGUCUGAAACCCGUUCUACAACAGCGGCCCCAGUGGCGACGGCGACGCCGGCGACAUCAACGAUGGAACGACACAGCCGGACUGACGCCAGCGGUCGGUCGGCGGCACUGGAGCGAGCCUAUGUGCACGACGUUUACGAACACUGUGAGGAUUUGGUUGGCCAGGUUCGACCCAAGGUGGCACAAUUCCUAGCAGGACUAGAACCCGGCUCCGUGGUAUGCGAUGUUGGCUGCGGAAGCGGCCGAUACCUGUCUGGGUUCAAUCCGAUGAUAUGCACGAUCGGUGCUGACCGAUGUUAUCGGCUGACUAAAGUCGCACACGGGAAAGGAGGAGAGGUUGCGAUAUGUGAUAAUCUGGAACUGCCCUUUCGUGACGAAUCGUUCGAUGCAGUCCUGUCGUUGGCUGUGGUGCAUCAUUUCGCGACGACCGAACGUCGUGUCGGGGCCAUUCGAGAGCUGGCUCGAAUUCUACGGAUUGGAGGGCGUGUAAUCAUCACCGUGUGGGCCUUGGAGCAACGGCAUCGACGAUUCGAAUCGCAGGACGUGUUGGUUCCCUGGCAGCCACCACGAUCGAAGAAUGCCACCGUUUCGGACGAGGAGGAUGACGAUGACUUCCUACCACCUUACCACGCGUAUACGGAAGAUUCCACCAAUUCGAGCCGCUCGGCGGGCGACGGUGACAGCUCCAGCUUGUCCUCGUCGUCACCGGGCGAAACGUGCUACAGUUUCGUGAGGCGAGCCAUACAGAAGUUGGCCGGCAGCAAAAAAAGUCCCUGGUUCCUGGAAUCGUGGAGCUCACGGGAAACGAAGCAUGAUAGCAGCCUUGAUUACGAGGAUGCCAAGGAUCUGCCAAUCGAGCUAAGACGUCUGGAGGACUUCGACGACAUACCGGAGCCGCCGCUGUCUGCUGGCCUGAAAAGCCGGAGCUUAGGUAGUAUAUUAAAUCCACCACCAAAAACCAUAGUUAGAUCACGUUCAAGUGUACCAAGUUUAGGUGCUCAAAUACCUGAAUCGAAAGCGGCGCCCGCUGAGCCGUCAGCAUCCCGAAGACCAAAACUAGUUAAACAGAAACAAUCAUUAUGUGAUGACGUAGAUUACAAGCUGUGCGAAUCGGCGCAGGCCUACCGGGAUCACAUUAUACGUAACGACUCACGUAUUCAGCUGCUUAGAAAGCAAAGCUCACUAAACGAAGAACUGAUGGCCGAGAGCCGGUUGCGUGAAAAAGACCGAAUCAGAAAACGGAUACAAAAGCAGAUGUCUCUGAAUGAAUCAUUCCUUUGCCGGUCACUGUUUACCAAACGGUUACAGGUGAUCAAAGAAGGAUUGACUACAAAACUGAAGACAUCUACCGGCAGCCUAGAGCGUGUAACGAAGAACGGGUUCGUUAAGAUAAUGCAAAACAUUAAAGCAACCACCCAUCAUGGUCACAACUACGCGCAAGGCCGGUCAUACGAUCCGCACAAUCCCGGUUAUAUGCCCCACAGUCAUGAUGGCCGAAACGGAAGCCACCAUGUUUCCAGGAGCAAUUCCAUCAACAAUAAUGGCGGCAGCAAUGGCAGCGGCAGCAGUAACGGUAACGACAAGCUUGUAGGGAUAGGCACCAACCAAGAUGACUCUAAACCUCGCCGCCACUCGAGAGAAAGUGGUUCCGAAAGUUUUCGUUCCACUUUCAUUAAACGUCAACGUUUUGCGGAUUCUUCCAAGGAUAGCAGUCUGCAGAGUGAUACCAGUAUUGAGUCCGAAGAUAGUUUUGCCUCUGUGAUCUACAUUCCCAAACCGGACCAACAGCAGCAGCAAGGGAGCGGAUCGAGCGAAGGGUUUGGUCCAGGUCCAACUCGGAUGCCUUCUGGGCCGACGUCCCCUCUGAUAAUGCCCUGUCCAACGCCGGCGCAUUCACCUGCUCCACCGCGCACAAAACCAAGUCCCCCAAGCGGAACCAGUAACGGUGGGACAGGUGGCAGUGAGUUUAGCCAAUUCACAUUCGAGGAUACUUCAUUGUUUCAUAAGUUUGAGGAAAUUGCUUCAUCUUCAUCAUCUGUACAUAACGCAUAUAACACUAGUAUUAAAAUUCUCAAAUCCCCGCCUUCAAAUGCUUUGGCUAGUACGAAUUCAACGACCACAAUCGCUUCCAGCAGUAGCAACAACAUUAGUAAGACUACAACGACUAGCAACAGCAGUGCUCACAACAAUAGUAGCAAACCGCCAUCGGCGACGAUGACGACGACGACGACGACGACAUCGGUGACUAAGCAGGUAGUUCAGAAAAUAACUCGACAGCAAAUCAAGGAUUUGCCUCCGAUUCCCAAGUUCCGCAAGAGCUAUCCUAUACUUCGCCGGCAAACAUCUACCGGAGCUCCAGUAGUGCCAAAAUUAUUAUCAUUGGAACUAUUCAACCCGGAAACCGACGACUUGGACAGUGACUCCAGUGAGCCAUCCUCACCGGAUUCGAUCGACAGUGUGAUAAGCGCGCUACGACCAGCUGUCUCACCGCAACCAUCCGUAGCUCAAGAGUCGAGUCAACCCGACGCGCCUAACAUUCCCCCACUUGUAGAGGCAGCGGCAGUUGUCGCACAUAAGUUGGAAGACACUGUAGAGCUGGUAAUACGGGAAAGCGAAGCUAAGCCAAAACUGCUCAAUGGAUUACCGGAAUCGCAACAAACCCUAGAUGGAGCGGACCUGGACGACUCGUCCUGCCGACAGCAUCUAGUGGACUUUGCGGAAAAAUUGAGCGCUCAGCUGUUGAAAGAACUCGACAACGAGAAGCAGCAAUGCGAGAGUAGUUUCGAUGAUGACGAUGACGUGUUCAGUGAUAACAGGUUCACGAAGAAAACUCUCUCGCUGGCAGACGCCCAACCGAUUACGGAUCCCUAUUUGAAAAAAUUGAACGGUGACCUACGGGAUCUGAACCAGCUUCGUGCGGAGUUGAGAGAAAGGCGACUGAUGUUGGCCAACCUAAGUCAUCUUGGUUCCAGCGCAUUAGGUGGCAGUAAUGAUUCGCUUGGGCCAAGCUAUGGUUCAUCAAUGACACCGAUCAUUCAGGAAGAAACGGAUGAUGACGAAGAGCUAAAUGAGUCAUGUGAAGCUGAACAGGACGAUCUUGACAACUUUAAUGGAUUACGCGGAGCUAAGAAGAAUCUCAACAAAAACGAUGAGUUUGUCAUCAUUCCCGAACUAGACGAAGAUGACGCCGAUCUGACAAACGACACAGCUUUACUGAUACAGGAAGAAGAAAGCACGGAAGAGCAUUUUCAAAACAUUGAUGUAGACCCUCUAGCCAGUAACAACAGUAACAAUAAUAGUACGAAUGAUAGUCGUUUAACUAGCAGUAGUCAUAGCUUACCCCUCAAAACGAUAAAUCUGAGUUCUACUCAGCUAGAUGUAAAUACCGGAAACUCACAGCACUACAGCAGAAAUGAAUGCACCUCCAGCAAUGGUAGCAAUCACAGUAGAACCACUCAAAAAUCAUCGGCUCCAAGAGUCACCUGUGUCGGGGAAGCAAGCGAAGCUACCAGUAACAAAAAAUUGCCCGAUACGAAUAAAUCUUCGAUCGAGUCGCACACCAGCGUUGAUUCCUGGGCUCAUUCGACAAGUUCGGCAUCACUGGAUAGUCCUUCGGUGGGUGGUGCGGCAACCCAUCAUCGCUACUACCACGUGUUUCGCGAAGGCGAGCUAGAUGCUCUGAUCAACCAUCACGUAGCCAGCCUGCACAUUGUGUCAUCCUACUAUGAACGAGCUUCGUGGUGCGUGGUUGCCGAGAAGGUUCAGGUUUGGACCAUCUAAGAAUUGUUGCCACCCGUUUUUUUAAUAGCGAUAGUAAUCCGAACGAUAAUGUUGACCCGCUUGCCAUUACCUAUUGAGAAAUGUUCGAUGCUGUUGAAAUCUUCAAACAUACGAGGCUUCUUAUCUGUGAAACUAACUAUUGAAGUUAGAAAUCAAUUUGAACAAUUGAAUAUAAUUAAACAAUUUAGGUCAAGAUAAUUACGACUAAACGAGAAAAGGCUCUAAAACUGUAUUAUUUGUCUCUGUGAUUCAUAUAUUUAAAAACAUAGGAAGUAAAUAGCGAUAGAUGAAUGAAAAGUCGAGAAAUAAGUUAAUUGUAAUCAAUGAAAUAGCAUCCCUUGAUCAUAUUUAUCAUUUUAACAGAAGAAAAAAAAAUCGACUCCUGUUCGAUAUUGAAAGAACAUUGAAGUUUCAUUGAAUCAGGUAACGGUAUAAUUUAGAUUUACUAGAUAAGUUUCCAAGAAUGGUUUCUUUAAUUAUUCAGCGAUCAUUCAAAAUUCGAUAAACGUCAUAAAUUAUUGCUGGUACUUACGAUGAAUCGCUUUUAAAAUAUGAAAAACAAAUCAAAUUACAUUGUGAAUGUCAUAAUAGUAUUAUUUUCACGGUAAAAAAAGAGCGAAAAGUUUUGUAAACUAGCGCCCCUAGCGAGUGUCUUAGUACAAGAGAGGAAUGAAUUAACCACUUCAUUCGAGCAGUUAAAAUGACGUUUACUACCACUCGAACUUUGAAAUAAAACAUUAUUUUGAGAUAUUUUCUUCUAGAACCUCGACAAAAGUAGCCAACAUUUGUGCGUUUCAUAAAAAAAAUAGAAAUUAGUUUGUCCAGUUUUGUGAAAUCGCUGGUAGAAAGUCACGCCAAAACUGCUUGACAAAGUGGUCAAUUCAUAGCAAACUGUCUUAGCAACAUAUGCCUAAGUAGGAAGUUUCUAGGAACACGGCUCAUGAAAACAAGAUGUGCUUUGCGGACGUUGACAUUUAAAUAAUUUGGUUCAAAAAUAGAGUACGUGUAGUACACGGUAAGACAAAAGUACCCAACGGCCAGUUCACUUUUACCUACUAUUGACUAGUUUGUCUCCUUUUCUCCUUCUAAUGUUGUCAACAAACGGAGGAGCAAAACCACCCAACAGGGGUAGUAAAGUGUGGGAACCCAACGUUGAGUAUAAUCACAUAUACCUACUUUUGGGUACAACUAGCUUACUCUUGGGUAGAAAGCGAGUGGAAAAUUCAAUACGAAUAGCACACAAGUAAAUGCAAACUACUUUGACCCGCUUUACCUACUUUUAAGUUCCUGUACUAUAGUGCCGAGAUGAGUGAAAAGAACUUACUUUUGAGUACUUUUUUCUUACCGUGUAGAGUGACGACACGGCAAAAUUCGAACAGCCUAUUGUCUAUCAACAACGGCUUGGGAAAAGUCACUCGAAUCGAGCAAAAGACCUGUCUGCACGGCGAAUGAGAACGACCCAAAUUUGAGUUUAGUUCACUCAUAAUCGCCAAAAGUGCAGGAACUCAGCGAUGAGUAAAAUUUGUCUCAUGGUUUCCUGUGGAAAACCUAAAGAAUCUGCCGGCAAAUGAGGAAAUUGACGACAAAUUUAUUCAGUCUCGGAGUAGUACCAAUAGACUGAGUGAAUCCAAUUUUUACUUUUCUCAAAUUCGGGAAUUUUUCCCUGGAAAAUCCUUGAAAAACGUGGGAAAACAUGAGGCAAAUUUACUCAUAGCUGAGUUCCUGCACUUUUGGCGAUUAUGAGUGAACUAAACUCAAAUUUGGGUUGUUCUCAUUCGCCGUGUAAUGACUGAGACGUCAUCACUUAACCUACAUGGUUAGAAAAACCCAACAUUAAGUUCUUUUCUCUCAUCUCGGCACUAUAGUGCAGGAACCCAAAAGUAGGUAAAGCGGGUCAAAGUAAUUUUCAUUUACUUGUGUGCAGUUCGUAUGGAAUUUUCCACUGGCUUUUUAACCAAAAGUAAGUUAGUUGUACCCAACAGUAGGUAAACAUGAUUAUACCAUAGAGGUAACUUUAAGACUAGAAGGUCCCGAAAUAACGUGCUCAACUUUUUGGCUCACCCUAUUAAAAAUUGUAUGGUUAAUUUGCUUAUCGACGUGUUCUUGGUAUCAUCCAAACCAUUUGUGGAAUAGUUCAAUGAUUUGGGUUAUCGUUCGUUUAUGGUUAUUUUUUAUUAGGGCAGCUUCUCUUCGGUCCCAAGCAGCUCUCUUCGGUCCCAAGCUAAUCAAUUCACCCCUCGAAACAUAGGAAAAACCAAUAACCCCUCACAUUAUCUGUCAAACUUUCAUAGCGAAUCAAAACAAACAUUGCGUAGUACUAGAAUUUCGACUAGAAUGGGGUACGUUAAUCGUUUGCUUGGGACCAAUAGGCUAGUCAAGUAGUGAGCCAAUUUAAAAUCGUUAGUUUCGUAUUGAUUGUUGAUUAUACUCAACGUUGGGUUCCCACACUUUACUACCCCUGUUGGGUGGUUUUGCAUGUCAGUUUUUGACAACAUUAGUAGGAGAAAAGGAGACAAACUAGUCAAAAGUA